AUGGCGGCGGCUCGCCGGGUGCAGCUCUUGCUGGGGCAUCUCGCCGGUUCCCCCCCAGGGCCGGGCACGGGGGUUAGCGCCGCGCCGUGCGGGAGUCGCGCCGGGGUCUCGCCGCGGGCAGCCAGCUCCGACGAUGUGGUGGUGGUGCACGGGCGGAGGACCGCCAUCGCCCGCGCCAAGCGCGGCGGCUUCAAGGAUACUACGCCUGAUGAACUACUGUCUGCUGUUAUGACAGCCGUUCUUCAAGAUGUCAAUCUUCGUCCUGAGGCCCUGGGGGAUAUCUGUGUGGGAAACGUGCUGCAGCCUGGAGCCGGUGCUUUGAUUGCGAGAGUUGCACAGUUCCUAAGUGGUAUUCCAGAGACGGUGCCGUGCUCGAGCGUGAACCGGCAGUGCUCCUCUGGCCUACAGGCUGUUAUCAAUAUAGCAGGUGGCAUCCGAAAUGGAUCAUAUGACAUUGGCUUGGCCUGUGGUGUGGAAACCAUGUCCCUCAGAAGUGCAAAUAAUCCUGGUGAUAUCAGUUCCAGCUUGAUGGAAAACAGCAAAGCAAGGGAUUGCUUGAUUCCUAUGGGAAUAACCUCAGAAAAUGUGGCAGAGAAGUUUGGAGUUUCCCGAAAGAAGCAAGAUGCCUUUGCCUUGGCUUCCCAACAAAAAGCAGCAAAAGCUCAGCAGAUGGGACUGUUUAAAACUGAGAUUGUUCCAGUGAAGACCACCAUUCUAGAUAAUCAGGGCAACCAAAAACCAAUCACCGUGCACCAAGAUGAAGGGAUUAGGCCCUCCACAACUCUGGAGGGCUUGGCGAAACUGAAGCCUGCCUUCAAAGAGGAUGGUAGCACUACAGCAGGUAACGCCAGCCAGGUCAGUGAUGGAGCAGCUGCUGUUCUCCUGGCAAAGCGCUCGAAAGCAGCACAGCUGGGACUCCCAGUCUUGGGAGUGCUCAGGUCCUUUGCUGUGGUUGGGGUCCCACCCGAUGUGAUGGGCAUAGGGCCGGCAUACGCAAUCCCUGUUGCUGUGGAAAAGGCAGGUCUGACUCUGGCUGACAUUGAUAUAUAUGAAAUUAAUGAAGCCUUUGCAAGCCAGGCUGUUUACUGCGUUGAAAAGCUGGGCAUUCCAAUGGAGAAAGUCAAUCCCCUGGGAGGAGCCAUAGCUCUGGGGCAUCCACUGGGCUGUACGGGUGCUCGUCAAGUUGUCACCUUACUCAAUGAAUUGAAGCGCAGAGGGAAGAGAGCAUACGGCGUGGUGUCAAUGUGCAUCGGAACUGGCAUGGGCGCUGCAGCAGUGUUUGAGUACCCAGGGAACUAACCUCCAGCCUACUGCCGAAACAACGCAACAGCUAAUUCUCUGCCUUCACUAGUAAUAGCAAAUGAUUUGCACUGUGAAAUCAAGUGGACUCUGGGAUUCAUUACCAGAUCUACAAAUUUUAGGCACAAACUAUGAAGUAGAAUAAUCCAUAGAGACCUACUGAGCUGGCAGGAAAAUGUAGAACUGGCAAAUGGCAGCCUGACAGCAUAAAUGGGUUCAGCUGAGGUCCAGGCACAGGCCCUCAUGUGGUGAUUACAAAUGGAUAUUUCUAAUUUAAUCAAUCCCUUUAUUCUGUGACUGCUGUCAGAGAGUAGUAGUUCAUGGUACAGUAUUUUUGUAUGACAAAUUGUCUAAAAGAGUCACUCAAAACAAAAUGAUCAGUGCAUGUGAAGAGGCUUUUCCAGGGUUGUCUUUAAAAGAUGUCACCAUCUCACAAGAAGCCUGGAGCAGCUUGUUUGAAAGAAGUGCAAAGACUUUACAUUGUUUCCUUUACAACUGCAUCUGUCCCAUCCAAGUCAUAAACUGGCUCUGCCCUAAGGUGUCCCUAUGCUGGAGACUGGGCUAUAGCUUUCUGCUUCUAACCAGGCUGCUCUGAAGCCUCCAGGGGAGUAAAGUAGAAGGACUAGAAUGUAAUUCACACAGGAGGUGCCUGAACAGAAAAGUGCUGUUGAAUUUCGACAAGCCAGGACUUGAAAGUGGCCUUGCCACCAUUUUUUCCCCAUCUUUUUCCACAGCUCAUCUGACUCUUAAGUUAAAGGAGAGUCUUAUGAUUAAUACUUACUUACCUAACAUAAAACAGAUUUCAGCAUUACUCUUACUGCAAGCACUGUACAAACAUCGGUGACAUCUCAGCGCUAAUACAAAUAUAUAUUUCAUCUGGUAAAGUUAAGUUCUCCCUUAUCUGUUCUCUCUCUUACAAUCACUGAAGCUCACUAACAGCUUGAAUAUGAAAUGUCCUCAUCCACUUUGACACGUUAAAAAGCUCAGAUUUGUAACACAGACCGAAGUUCUUUUUCCUGGCUCUUGGUUUUGCUCUUAAUAAUACAAUUGGGUUCUUGCGAUA